GGCUCAAGAGAAAUCCCUCGCCGUCGCCGGCGCAGGUCGGAGAUGCCAUGCCAGAGGACGAGGAAGAAGAAGAGGAGCUCGAAGAUGGGAAGGGCGACACCAAGAAGAAGAAGCCCAGAAAGAAGAAGAAGAAAAAGAAGUCUCAGGAGGACGAGGAGCCUGACGAGGCUCCGUUGAACUACUGGCCUGCUCCAGAGGGCUUAGACCUGGAUCGGCCGCCUGGCCAAAACGAGGAGUGGGUGGACAUCACCUCGUUGUGCGACCUAGCGGUGUCCGGCAUGAACCUUGGCGAGAUGGUGGAGAGCCCUAGCUUCCGGCUCUACGAUGCCAUGUCGGCCAUAGAGAUCAUGGAUCCAAAGAUGGACACCGGCUACAAAAGCCAUGAGGACAUGACCCUCGAGAGGGCCGAGAAGCUGGGCUUGGUGUCGGCCCCUAGCCCAGAGGUCCUGACGGGCGUGAUGGACCACCUGCUUAUGUACUACCUGCUGUGGCUGGACGGCCACACCAUCAUUCAGACCUGCUUCUCUUGCUUGUACUUGCAGGACUUGCCGCGCCUGCUGGCGAUUCCGGCCUUGGGAAGCUUUGUGGAUGCCUUCCUGAUCGCCUGCCAGAGCGCUCGCGACGCCAUCACCUGCGCAGGGGUCUACGAUGACGAGGACUUUAUGCCCACCAUGUUCGGCGUGGACUUGCAGGCGUGCGUGUUCAGCAGCGAUUGGCAGAAGGCCAAUGAGAAGUUGAAGUCAGAACAAGACAGGCUAGUAGCAGAGGGCUGUGAAGCAGCAGCUCUCCGCUUGAAUUUUAUGGGCAAGUACAUGUCGGCCCUGGUCUCCCUCAUGGCACGCGUCCCGAAUGUUGCUUCGGCCAAGGCGCACUUGGCCAAGUGUUCCCAGCUGCUCCCGAGGCUGGCGGCCAGCGCAACGGAGCCCAGCGACGCGGUGAAGCAGCGCUUCGACGCCUCCUCCCAGAGGAAGCUGCUGGUGCCGGGACCUCCACGGACAGUGGAGCCCAUUGAGGACCCGAAGGUGGUCUUUCGAAUGUGGACCAGCCAUGUCAACGAACUCGUUGAGUGCUGCUCCGCUCAGACGAGGCAUCUCAACGACCUCUUGCAGGGGGUCAUCAAGCAGAAGGAGAAGCCCAACGUCUUGAGCCGGUCCAUGGCACAGCUCGUCUUUGACCAGAGCUUCGUGCGGAGGUCCCUGCAGGAGAUCUUAGAGCUUUUCCUUUUUCCCCCGGAGGCGCUGCAGCACUGCCGCAAGCAGGCGGAGCCUUUCCUGCAGCGCUGUGAGUCCAUGUUUUUGCACCUCCUCAAGUUGGCGCAUCUCAACGUCGCCCGCCGGUUCCGGCGCCUGGCGCACGUCUUCCCAGACUUCAACGAGCUUCAACAUGAGGCCUGGCGCCUGGACGAAGCCCUGAAGUCCACCUUCGGCGCGAACCUCCUGUACAAUCGCCCGAGCUGGGUCUUCAUUAUGGAGUACGCCCUCCAGGCGAUGAUCUCGAAGCUGCUCUUGGGCUUUCAGCUGGAGCUGUACGAAGAGGCAGAGUUUCACAUGAUCUACUGGUAUGUGGACUACCUCUUCGGCUUGCGCAUCUACAACCUGAAUGUGCUUUGCGUAAUGGCUUCGGCCAUUGGAGCAAGUGGAGGAGGUGUACUAUGCCAAGGAAAACACAGGCAAGAAGAAGUCGGGCGCAAGACCAAAGGACGCUGGCGUUUCGGGCAAGGGGAACCGGCCCAGGAACCCUCCUGCGCACCUGCUCUUUCUAGAGGCGACUCAGUCGACCGUAAGGGGCCUCUUCCGGUUGCUUGCCUUCUGCCUCUGUCAGAAUCUGCUUCCUGCCCCCAAGUCCGGGGCGAACCUCUGCCAGCGCUUCGUGCUCAGGUUUCGAAGCCUCGAGAUGUUCCGACUCCCGCAUCUGCCCUCCUUCCAGGACUUCGAGCAGUCUGCGGCCUUGGCACAGGACCCGGCGGAGCGGAAGCAGGUCCUCACCGCGGCGCAGAGCUCCUUCGCGGAGGCGGCGCAGCUGCUGGAGAAGGCUCAUGCCUUGAAGGAGGACUUGGGCGAGCAGCCCAAGUCCCUGAAGCGAGUGGUGGUAGCAAACCAGCUCGGCAUCACGCAGCUUCUCCGGUGCACGGAGAACGGGAUGCAGGAGUUGUCCGGGAAAAAGGUCACCGCAGAGACUUCUCACCACACGGACUUUGUCUCCAUUCAGGUGGUGGACAAGCCGAAGGAGGGAAAGUGAGCGGUCAAAAGGCCGAAUGUUCAAUGGGUUGCACGAGAUUCUCCGGGAACAUAUAAGGUAAUGUUGACC